UUACAUCCCGUAUGUAUAGAGCACGCAAAACAAGAAGUCCAGUCUGAACUUGCAACAUGGUGCUUUGCGCAAAGAUUACACGCCCAAUUAUUGUAUGACAUUGCGCAGUCAUGUGCCUAGUGUUCGCAUUAUUAUCAGGCGAAAGGCCCAUUGAUGGAGUGGAGUGGCGAUUCAUCUCUAAAACCAACCGAAACCCAAAAAUCUAAGGAGGAACCCCAACCACGCUACGAAACUUCAAAGCGAGGUUACAAACUGAUGCAUCUCGGUGGUUACAAAUACUGCAUCAAAACCGACUCAAUAGACGGUGAUAUUGAGACCACCUGGUGGCAUUGCUUCACUCACAGCAAGGAGGCCUGCAAGGCAACAGUAGUGACACAGGACGAAAAGAUCAUCGCUAAGAAUACAGUCCACGAUCACAAAAAUAGACGAUCCCGAAGAGAUAGGAAGUCUCGAAGAGAUAGGGAUAACAGAGCGGGGAAAAAACCGAACAAGAGUGCUUCUUUGAACUCGCGUGGACAGCGUUCCAUACGAUGAAUAUCCAUACUUCCAUACCUACGUAGUAUUUAUAAAUGCGAAUAUGUGUCUGUCUGUCUGUCGGCCUGCUAUCUUUUCACG